CUGAAACAGUGACCUUUCAACGACGAGUUUGACUCUCGGCAACCCCCAAAUCGGUCUUUCGUGAAGCUACUUGAGUGCUCCCCUGCAUCCUAUAAAUCCCCCUGUACUCCUAUCUUCUCGCAGCAGUGACAAUUGAGUUUGAAAUCGUGCAAAGUUGAGAUCAAUUAGGGUUCAAUUGGUUGUGCAAUAAUGUCUUUGAUUCCAAGCUUCUUCAACAAUCGACGAAACAGCGUCUUCGACCCCUUCUCUCUCGACGUUUGGGAUCCCUUCAAAGACUUUACUUUCCCUUCCACUUCUCUUUCUCGCGAGAAUUCGGCAUUCGUAAACACUCGGGUAGACUGGAAGGAGACGCCGGAGGCCCACGUGUUCAAGGCAGACCUGCCGGGGCUGAAGAAAGAGGAAGUAAAGGUGGAGAUUGAGGAUGACAGAGUGCUUCAGAUCAGCGGAGAGAAGAGCGUGGAGAAGGAGGACAAGAACGACACUUGGCACCGUCUGGAGCGUAGCAGUGGCAAGUUUGUGAGGAGGUUUAGGUUGCCGGAGAAUGCCAAGUUGGAAGGGGUUAAGGCUUCAAUGGAGAACGGUGUCCUCACGGUAACAGUGCCUAAGGAGGAAGUGAAGAAACCCGAUGUCAAGGCCAUUGAAAUCUCUGGCUGAGAUUAGAAACGGCGUCGUAUAUAACUCUAUGUAAGCAAUAAGCAGUAUAAUGAAAUAAAUUUUUUGUCUGUGGAUGUGUGAUUGUCGUUUGGAGAUGCAUGAAGUUGUAAUGAAGGGUCGUGUGUUAUGUGAAUUUGCAAUGUAAGAUUCGUAGUUUCUAAUCAGACCAGGAUUUUGGUAUUUUUUUAGAUUUCAACUAUUUUGAAUCACUGAAACUACUAUUAUAUAUGAACAUGAACAUGAGGGGUUGCCCCA